UUUGACACGUAUACAUACAACACAACUAUAUAUAUCCAUUCUCAUGCUUCCAUUUAGAAGCACUGAGCUUCCAAAUAACCUUCCAACUUCCAUUUCAAACACACACAUUGUUUCCAGAAGUUUCCAGAAAUCUUGUUGACCAUGGAGAUGAGGACGGUGCACAUGUGGGGGUAUUUACCUGCAGCCUUACCUCAACGCUCGCCGUUAGUUUCUCCGGUCGAAGUUAACCUCCCACCGUCAACUGACGCUGGUCGUUUCUGGACGGACGUUUGUGGUGGCGGCUGUGGGUUUGCUAUGGCCAUUUCAGACACUGGGAAGCUGAUCACAUGGGGUGCAACUGAUGAUCUUGGUCAAAGCUACGUGACUUCAGGGAGACAUGGGGAAACACCGGAACCUUUUCCUCUUCCGAAUGAAGUUUCAGUGGUGAAAGCUGCAGCAGGUUGGGCACAUUGUGUCUGUGUAACAGUGGCUGGAGAGGUGUAUACAUGGGGAUGGAAAGAGUGUGUGCCGUUUGGAACAGUUGUUGGAGACCCAUACACAGAUCAAGAUCCAGAAACAGACUUACUUGAUCAAGUGAGCCCUCACUCAGAGGGAUCAAGAUCAACGGAUGUAGUCGCUACGCAUGAAGGUACGAAAAGGCGACGUGUGUCUAGACAUGCAGGUGAAAGCUCGUCGUCAGGUGAUGAAUCUCUCACAGCUUUGCCAUGUUUGGUAGCUUUCAUGAAUCCAGGGGUUAAGAUAACCACAGUUGCGGCUGGUGGGCGACACACAUUGGCAUUAUCAGAUAUGGGCCAGGUGUGGGGUUGGGGAUAUGGAGGUGAGGGGCAGCUAGGUUUGGGGUCCCGCAUUCGAAUGGCAUCUUCGCCACGUCCUAUACCUUGCAUUGGCACAUCACCACUAAGAACCAUCCCUGGAAAUUAUAUUAGACGAAUUGCUUGCGGAGGAAGACACAGUGCCGUAAUUACCGAUGCUGGGGCAUUAGUGACUUUUGGCUGGGGCCUCUAUGGACAGUGUGGGCAAGGAAGUACUGAGGAUGAGCUAAGCCCUACAUGUGUAUCAUCGUUGCUGGGCAUCCGCAUAGAUGGCGUUGCUGCUGGUCUUUGGCAUACAAUUUGCAUUUCAAGUGAUGGUGCUGUGUAUGCCUUUGGCGGGAAUCAGUUUGGCCAAUUGGGUACUGGAACCGAUCAUGCUGAGACCUUGCCACGGCUUUUAGAUGAUCCUAGUCUUGAAAAUGAACACGCAAGAGUGGUAUCGUGUGGGGCUCGACACAGUGCUAUUGUUACAGACGAGAAGGUGUUCUGCUGGGGAUGGAACAAGUAUGGUCAGCUUGGUUUGGGGGAUGUCGUAGACCGCAACGUUCCAUCUCAAGUUGAACUAGAUGGCUAUGUACCAAGAGCCGUUGCGUGUGGCUGGUGGCACACACUUGUUCUUGCUGACUCACUUACCUGAAGAGUUCCGUUCCCUCUUGGGUGCUUUCACACAGCCAUAAUAAGUUUUGUUGGGUCAGCGGUUGCUCUUUCAUUUAGUACAAGUAUCUGCACAAGUACAUAAAAUAAUAUGCUUGCAUGUAGAAGCAUAUGUAUGCAUGUGAUCAUUGUUAGCAUAAUAAGUUUUUGGGCUCAAAAUCUAUUGGGCUUUCACUUAGCCUGUUUAACUAGAUUAGCCUAGAUAGUUUUUGGGCUCAUAAUCUAUUGGGCUUUCACCUCUACCUAUUUACUGUGUUGCUUUCCUUUGUUUAUGUAACUGCUUUUCUCUUAUAAUAAACUCUAGCAGUAUU